GAGUCGUUCACGACAACACCUCGGGAUCACCAUCGAGUUGGACUCACACAAAAGCCUUUAUGRAAACCUUUAAAUAUUAACAAACUUAAAACAACCAGAGAUGUUUUCGGCGACUGAAUACAAUCGCGGCCACUCGAAUUAAUCGCUUCAAACAAGCGAUCAAAAGCGAGGCAUAAUCUCUCGAUUUCUAUCGAAAGGGGUAUUGAAUACAACUUCAAAGCUCGAUACAUUCAUACCCAAUUUGUCAAGAGGUGAUUUAGACUACGUUUAAAAAUUAUUCAUAAUUUCAUCUGGUGAAAAUUCCCUACUGAUUUCACUGCCAUGGAUACAGUCCACGAGUCCGAUGAAGAAGCUCAUUCCGAUAAUGAUGAUUUACCAUACUUAUACGAAGGUGAACGCAACGACCAAGGUGAGCGCCAUGGCAAAGGCAAAGCGCGUUUACCAAAYGCCGACGUUUAUGAAGGGGAAUAUCGACAUGGCUACCGGCAUGGAUUUGGAAAAUAUGUUUUUAAGAAGCUGAAAGGGCAGUCRCGAAGUGCUUGCUAUAUUGGGUACUAUGAGAAGAACAAAAAGAAUGGACAAGGGACUUUUUUAUACCCGGACGGUGCAAAAUACGAAGGGAGCUGGAAGGAUGACCUSAGGGAAGGYUUUGGGACCUAUUAUUAUACUAAUGCUGACUCGUAUAGGGGCGAAUGGGCGAAAGAUAAACGGAAUGGCCACGGAACGUAUACGUACGCGGCUAGUGGGAUGGUAUACGAGGGUCAAUGGAUUGAGGGAAAGCGAUCAGGUCGAGGUAAACUAACAUUUGGUAAGCAAAGCUAUGUAGGAAAUUUUCACGAUGACAAAAUGCUGGGUCCUGGAACCUACAUAUUUCCAAACGGCUCCCAACAACAUGGCGAGUAUGUCGUUGUCGAAGAGGAAAUCGAGGAUGACGGGAACGACGGKGAGACGGACAAAAGCCGAACCAAGCAACUUAAAAUCAAAUGGAUCAGCCAUGGCGGGAUCCACCCACCAAUUACUAUAGUUAAGAAAGAGACAGUCAUUAAUUAGUACAUGAAGUUUGCAUGAAUAUUUCAGUAGAGAAAGACGAAGGAAUCUGUGUUUGGGUUACCUGUGUUAUAUUUUUYCCUCGGUCCAGGUUUCCUAAGGUGCUACCGAAGGAAGCCCAGUUUCUGAGCAAAAGUAUUCGCUGCCAACUCUAGAAAACGUCCACAAAAUGAAACACAAGUAUAAUACUUGCAUAGAAAUCUCGACCUAUAAUCAGMACAAAUGGAAUUUGAACCUUUUUACAAGUCAGAAAACAGUCAUCUUAAAGCACAGAUAACAGGCAGAGAAMGCAAUGAARUAACAAGAACUUGUAGCAGAUUUAAUUGGUAUAACUUUCGAUUAUUACGGUUUCAAUUGGGAGGAGAGUAUUUUUAUGAAAGGGGAACGAGAGUAUAUCUCAGUAGUUUGAAAUUUAUAAAAUUCUGAAAAUUGGGCACAAAAUUAAAUGUGAAACUAGCCGUGCUAAAGCUACGUCUGAUAAACUAAAUCCGCUGACUUCUCUGCGGCAAAGAAUGGACUCUGAUCAAAAACUUGUAACUUUUGGCUCAUAAGUAUGACAGAACACUGAAAACUAGUGCCAGUCCUUUUGGUGGCGAUAGCUUUAGUCGUUUAAAGAGCGUCACUAAUCAUAUACCGGAGACGCAAUGCAUUGUAGGAUAUGUUUGGGACAGGAGACAUGAUGGAUUUCUUUUGUUUUGUCCAGAAAGUGAUCCCACAAUGCACUGCAAAUCAAGCGUACGUGACGUAGAAAAACUUCAAAAGUCUAUUGCUCCUAUCUCACUAUGAUGCAACAGAUAUUGUUUGCAUAGACCUUUUCUGAAAUACAAAAUCAUGAUGCAUUGUGGUCUAGCUUCAGUACAAACAACGCCAUAUUUAGCUGCAUGAACAAAAGAUGUUUGUAACGAAUCUAGACCACAAUACAAUGCAAACUGCUAUCUCAGAAAAGGCCUAUGGUGGAUUGAAUCGCUUGAAKUUUUGAUGACGUCAUAUAGAAAGAGGGCWAUUUACWACUAAUUAAUGAAAUACGAUGUAUAAAAUUGCAAUACCUGCAUGCGAUGCAUGUCACGGCUUAAAUCAAUUAAGGGGUCAGAGCAUCUGAAAUUAAUUAAGCAGAUGCCAAACUGAUUCGAUUUCCGAAUUUGUAUCAAAAAUCUACUACAAGACAUUAUGUCAUAAACUCAAGUAUUUGUAAUAAAACUGAAUUUCUGCUAAAGAA